UAAUUGCAUUAGUUACAUAUACCACAAAAAACCCUUAAUCCUUCUUCUAAGUACUCACUAUGUUCUCCCUCAUCUCAUCUCAUAACCGUAAAUACCCUUUUCAAUCCUUUCAUUCAUUCUUCUUCUUUUUCUCGAUUAUGAAUCAAUUCCCUAAAACCCUCAAAUCAAAAUCUCAAAAACGUAUUCUUUCGAUUCUGAAUGUUCGCUGAUUUGAAUCUCUUUAGGGAUGCGAUUUUGGAGAUGAAGGAGGUGGAACAGGGUCGUGAUGUGGUCACACGUUGAUGGCUGUACCGGCGGUGGGAGAGGAAGGAACGACGGGAUACAUUGGGUCGAUGCUGAUUUUGUUUGGUAGUGCGACUGCGCUUUGAAGGAUUGUGGACAAGAGUACUAAAGGAGCUGCGGCGGUGGACCAUGUUGAACCUGAGAAGACUUGGCUCCAUAAUGUGAUGCAUGAUUUAAGAGUUGGCUCCAUUCUAAGUGAAACGGAACUGAAUGGCACUCCCCCUGCUCCUGUAGAUUUGUUUGUUUACACACACCAACAUCGCAAGAAUAAGGCUUGGGUUGAUCGAAGAUCGGAACAUGUCUAUGAAAAGUAUAAAUGUAGAUUGGAAGAAUUAACCCAACAAGCAUCUUUGCAAGGAACUCCGCCACCAAAGGAAAUAGAUGUGUGGACUGAGGUUGCAGGAACAAGGAAAGGAUACAUAUAUGGUCUUGGGAGUGAAUCUUCUUUAUUUGCAGGCAGGCGAAAUUACAGUGGUUCAAAUUCCGCGUCAACUGAAUGGGUGCAAAGACAUGAAAUUGAAGAACUGAAAAUUGAAAGCGAAGAAAUGAGAAGGGAAAAUGAUGAACUUCGUGAUAUGGUAAAACAAUUGAUGGAAUUUGGAAAGCUUAAACUUUCGGCCGAAGCCAUAUACUAGAGAUGAAGUUCAUGAAGAUAUUGUGGCUGAUAGUAACGAUGAUGUGGCUGAUGAUAAUGAUGAUGACAUGUCUGAUGAUAAUGUGUAUGAUGAUGGUGAAGAAUGAUGAUAAUUAUGAUGUGUUUGAUGAUGGUGAAGAAUUAUGAUCAAGAACAAAGAAUGACAAGUGUGAUUCAUUAUAUAUUGUUUUCUUAGUUAGGAUAUUUACUUUUUUUUAUGCAAGAAUUGAACGGGAUUUAUUCCCCUUUUUGUAUGUGAAGAUCAAUUCACUUAUAUACUUGCAAGUAUAGGCAGUAGUGAUAACUUAGUCUUUGUUAGGUUAUGCUUUUGAUUUAUUAUGUAUUUUUGGAUAAGUAGUUGGUAAUAUAUUGUGUUCAUGUUGUGUGCAUGUUUAAUUGUUUAA